AUGUGGAAACCAAUUACCUGUGUAGCUUGCUUCUUAGAGUUUGGAGUCUCUUCUGCUCUCGAAAAUGAAGGGAUGGCUUGUCCGCCAUUCAAUUUAACCAACUUUGAUGCACUAUCAACUUGGUCUAUGGUGUCACUAACUCUUGAAGGCCCAAUGACAUUCGAAGCACGUCGUUUCAGAUCCAAAUUUUCAUGCAUGCCUGCAACUGCGGAUUUACAAGAAGAGAAGGAUGUGGGGCUGCAUUCUGAGGCCGUAACACUUGGUUCUGGACCAACGGUGGACGUUGAAUUUGAGGUUGUGUUGGAAACUGCUGAAUUGAAGCAUACAGGUUUGGUACACCAGUCAAAACUCGAUUUUCCUGGGCGUAAGGCAGCAAAACGGACUGAAUUUUGUUCUGGGGAAGUGGGGGAAGUCCAGGAAGAGUUUGCCCACUUUGCACGAGAGGCUGAAGUGGUUGAGUAG